CGACCGGGCGCUGUCAAAUAUCGCGGUAUCCGCUUCCCUAAUCACUACGUAAUGUGCCGUGCUGCUUCUAGCGGCGCUGGUGACAGUGCUGAAAGCUGUUGGGUAUGAAGUGACACGGAACUGAAUUUUUGUACCAUCCGCAACUGCUUCAAGUUCAGAUCACAACAAAGAAACUGAAGAUCAACCUUCCAAAACAAGCAAAGUUGCAACACCGAAGACACAUGGAAAACAAAAUAUAGGAUCACUUCAAGGUUUUAAAAACACAAGAAGUAACCAAAUCCUUUAACGACCAAAGAAGACUCACAUCAGCCCAAUUGAAACGCGGAAAGAGAAGCAAUCCAACACCCAAGCAUAUUCUGAGAAGAAAAUAACUGAUCUGAAACCAGAAGUUUGUGCCUACUCAACAGCUUUGACAAAGCACACGUCCCAACGCUGCUCCUAGCCCUCCUCAUCCUCACCACACCACCGACUCACCACCGGGGUGUGGAGUGGGCUGCUGUCUGCUAGUUUUUUCCCCCCAUAGAUCCCCCUGUUUUCCCCCUCUACGUCUCCCACUGUGUUCAAUUAUAUUUUCUUCUAAGCAGUGUUAUUACACCUGCGUUUGCCUUUUUUGUGCUAGAUUUCUACCCCUUUUUUUGCUUUAUGCAACCAUCCAGAACUUGUGCCAGAAACCUGUAACAAGUGUGUGUGUGUUUCAACUGUGUGCGUGAAGAGAUCUGCAGGAACCUACAAGAUUCAAGACGACAAAUAAAGACAUCCAGCGGUGUAUCAUUUGGGUGGUUACAUAGGAAAUAGAACUUAACCGUCAAGCCAAAAAAAAAGCAAAAAAAAAACAGACAAGUAAUCAAGUUCAACAAGUGCUCGAGGAAGUUUGGUCCGAGUUUAUGGGAAAAUAUGGGCAGCCCCUGGAAAGGCUUUGUUGAGUUUACCUUGCCUGCGUCGCCACCCACCGCGUUUGUUAGCGCUGACCUGAGCAGCACCUCCCCUGUCGGACUCAGCCUGUCGCCAUAUGGCCGAUCCAUGAGUUUUGACCCUGGCAUGCUCCAUAACAAUGGACACACUGCAUAUGCCAACGGCACAGGGCCUGGCAUUAGAGAGAUUGGCGUGGUGGAGAAGCUACUGACCUCCUACGGGUUCAUCCAGUGCUCAGAACGUCAGGCUCGUCUCUUUUUCCACUGUUCCCAGUACAAUGGCAACCUGCAGGAGCUUAAAAUAGGAGAUGAUGUUGAGUUUGAGCUUUCCUCUGACAGGCGCACUGGCAAGCCCAUAGCAGUGAAGCUGCUAAAGAUAAAGCCAGAGGUGCUGCCAGAGGAGCGGAUCUCGGGCCAGGUGGGGCCAGACCUGCACGCCUAUCCCUUUACUGUGCUGCAUGGUUAUAUUCAUCCAGUUGUCUCGUCCAUCCCCAUGCAUUUGGAUGGAAAGUCUGCUCCUGGCCAGGUGCCCACUGGCAGCGUUUGUUAUGAAAGGAACGGGGAAGUGUUCUAUCUAACCUACACUCCUGAUGAUGUGGAAGGUAAUCUCCACCUGGACACAGGCGACAAAGUCAGCUUUUACAUGGACACCAACAAGCACACUGGUGCCGUUAGUGCUCGUAAUAUUCAACUUGUGAAGAAAAAGCAAAUGAGGUGCCAGGGCGUGGUGUGUGCAACAAAGGAGGCGUUUGGAUUCAUUGAGAGAGCUGAUGUAGUGAAGGAGAUCUUCUUUCACUACAGCGAGUUCAAGGGCGAUCUGGAGGCUCUGCAGGCUGGAGAUGAUGUGGAAUUUACCAUUAAAGACAGAAAUGGUAAAGAGGUUGCUACAGAUGUGAGACUGCUCCCCCAAGGGACAGUCAUCUUUGAGGAUAUCAGCAUUGAGCAGUUUGAAGGCACUGUCGUCAAGGUCAUACCCAAGGUUCCCACCAAAAACCAGAACGACCCUCUCCCAGGUCGUAUUAGUGCCCGGAUUGGUUUCACUGACAAGGAACUACCGUUUGGUGAAAAGGACACUAAGUCCAAGGUGACUCUCCUGGAGGGAGACCACAUUCAGUUCAACAUCUCAACGGACCGCAGAGACAAGCUGGAGAGGGCCACAAACAUCGACAUCUACCCAGACACCUUUGACUUCACAAAGGAGACCCGAGAGAUGGGUGUGAUUGCAGCAAUACGCGAUGGCUUUGGCUUCAUUAAAUGUGUCGAUCGAGAUGCGAGGAUGUUUUUUCACUUCAGUGAAGUUCUAGAGGAGAGUCAGCUGCACAUCUCUGAUGAAGUGGAGUUCACUGUUGUGCCUGUAGGUCCUCUUUAUAACCUUUUCGCAAAAGAUAUGCUGUCGGCUCAAAGGAAUCAUGCAGUGCGAAUCAAGAAGCUGCCCAAGGGCACAGUGUCCUUCCAUACCCAGUCUGAGCAGCGCUUUGUGGGCGUGGUAGAGAAAGAGCUUGUGGCAACCGCCAACAAGAAUACCAGUCCAACCAGGGGAAAAGAAAAGGAAACGGAGGAAGGAACAAUUGCAUAUGAAGACUGUGGAGUGAAGCUCACUGUGCCAUUUCAUGCCAAGGACCUGGAGGGGGGAGGUCUGCCACAAGCCGGAGAUAAGGUGGAGUUUUCAAUUAAUGAAGUGAAGCGAACCGGCCUGCAGAGUGCUGUCUCCAUCAGAGUCAUGAAUAGAAACUCCUCCAACACAAAGAGACUGCAUGGAUUUGUCGCCACGCUGAAGGACAACUUCGGUUUUAUUGAGACAGCGAAUCAUGAUCAAGAGAUAUUUUUUCACUACAGUGAAAUGUGUGGAGAUUUGGAGAACUUGGAGCUGGGCGACACGGUGGAGUACACUCUCUCGAAGGGCAAAGGAAACAAAGUCAGCGCUGAAAAGGUUACUAAAGUGGCUGCAGUGAAUGGCAUUGGUGACGAUGUUGUGGCAACAGUGAUGAUGGGUAAAGUCAUCCGUCCCUUACGUAGUGUGGAUCCUUCACAGACGGAAUACCAAGGGCUAAUCGAGGUCGCAGAGGAAGGUGGGGUUAAAGGUUCAAAUUAUCCCUUUGGAAUCAUGGGUAUGUCAAACAAGGCAGACUGUCUGCAGAAAGGUGAACUUGUCAAGUUCCAGGUGUGCACAGUAACCCAAACUGGACAGAAGAUGGCAUGCAAUGUGGUCCCUCAACGUAGAGCCAUGGUGGAGUGUGUCAAAGACCAGUUUGGCUUCAUCACAUACGAAGUUGGUGAAAGCAAGAAGCUGUUCUUCCAUGUUAAAGAGGUGCAAGAUGGCCUUGAGCUCCAGACUGGGGAUGAGGUGGAGUUUUCGGUUGUCCUCAAUCAACGCACAGGAAAAUGUAGUGCCUGCAACGUGCGCCGAGUCAGUGAGGGGCCGAAACCUGUGGCAACUCCACGUCCUGAUCGUCUGGUGAACAGACUGAAGAGCAUCACUCUUGACGACGCCAGUGCUCCUCGUCUGGUCAUUGUAAGACAGCCCCGUGGUCCCGAUAAUUCAAAGGGCUUUAAUGUGGAGCGCAAGAACCGCCAGCCUGGUGUAAUCGACUGAGCAAUACAGAGCCCACCCUGUUUGGUGUUGUUGGAUGAUGUCCUGACAGGCACAACAGGGUACAAGGGAAUAUGAUUUGACACAUGCUUGUACACAAAGUCAAUAAAACAAAAAAAACAUGCGCCACACAUACAGUAAUCGGCAUGUGUAAUCUUUGUCCCCAUUGAAACCUGCGCGGGAACUUCUCAUUCCACAGUUCCCUGCCUCCCAUGUGUGUACGUGGGAUCUCUGAGUGUGUGUGAUGUAUCCUAAAGUCAUUAUAGUGUGCAACGGAGGUAUUUGUUUCUGAGGGCCCUGUCCCUCUAAAUCAGAGUGGUGACUGUGUGUCUGUCUGCGUCCUGAUCAUUUGAAUCUGCUUUGUCUGGAAUUCUGCACCUGUAAUCUGUCCCGUAUGAGUGUGACUGUUGGCAUGUCUUUAAGCGUCGGCUCCAUUUUUUUUCUUUCUCUCAUACUUUUGCUUACCCCUGGAAACUCGCAAUGGUUUCAUUGUAAAGUUUCCACGACUGUAUGCUUUCCUAUAAGACGCAUAAAGCAAAGUUCCCUCCAUAAGGAGGAUCAUAUUUCUCAUAUGUGCGAGCUUAAACUGAGGAUUCUUCUCUGCUCGGUUUUUUUGAGCAGUUUUUAAAAUGCUUUAUUGAAGAGCUGAAGUGAAAGCAUGGUGUGUGUUUGUGUGUGAGAGAGAGAUGUAAUCUAAUGGGAUUUACUUUAACCCAUCUGGAGCCUUUAGAUACCUUUUUGGUAUUCACAUGUUCCACUUAAGCAAUUUUUCCCAGGUGCAGAAUUCCUCGUGGCAUCUUAUAUCUGCAGUUCUUUUAUACAAUGUUUUUUUUCUUGCACAUAUUUUUGCUUUUUUUUUUUUUUUUUUCCAUUGAAACUCAAUCUGCUAAUAUUGAAUAAAGUAAGAAUAAUAAGGUGCCUAAAAACUACAAGCAAAAGGAAAUGAAAAGAAAAAAAGACAAACAAAAACAUUAGAUGUAUCCUCUGUUCCCAGCCAACCGCCAAAACAUUCAGAACAAUCUUAGGGUGGCUUUCUUUUCUAGUAGAAAUAAUACUGAUAUGCAUCCCAAACCUGUGGGUUGAACUAUACUGUAUGUAUUGUGUGCUUUUUUCUUUUUUUUUUUUUUCUUUCCUUUCUUAGUGAAAGUUCAAACUUGAGAUAUAACGAAACAAAUUUAACUUAACGGAGAGAGGUAAAGUAUUAGAAAUCCAGUUAAAAGAAAAAAAAAAAAAUGGAAAAAAAAGCAUCAAGAAUCAGUUACUGUGCUCUGCAGACUCGGUGCAGAUGCUGUUGUGCCUCUGCACAUUGAGUUACAGUCAAAAUUUAUUUCAACUUUGGAGGUCACUGGGUUUCAGUUAAACCACGUACAGAAGUUCUCAUGUACUUUUGUUAAUGGUCUUGAAUGAAACAAAUUAAAGUUUUAUGAAAAUCA